AUGGGAUACUACAACGCGAAUCGUUUCCAUUAUGUUGUCUUGCUCACAUGGCAACUCGCGAUCUUUCUCGCCACUCAGAUGCUUUUCUCGAUUUUCGCCAACUACACUCCGAAAUGGAAAUGCGGCGAGGAUGAUCAUUUUGAUACAAAUUGUACAAUUUUUACGGAAUGCAAAGGAAAUCUCGUUUUCGAGGAGCCGGCUUUCAAUUCUGUUGUCAUGGAAUUUCAAAAUUUCUGUGAUGGAAACACAAAAAACACAUAUUUAAGAAACUAUUCACAGAUGGUUUUUGUUGGAGUGUUUUUCGGAACGGUUUUUUUCGGUUGGUUGGCGGAUGUUCAUGGUCGAAAGCCGAUCUCGUUACUUGUUUUUGGCGGAUGUGUGGUGUUUAAUGGGGCUUCGGCUUUUAUCCAAAGUCCAAACACUCUUUUGGUGAUGAGAGCUGUCAUUGGAUUCACUGUUGGUGGAGUCAUCGUCGUCGUGUGCACUUAUUGCAAUGAGUUGCUUUUACCCCAGCAAAGAAUCAUGAUGAGAGCUUUCUUCAACUGGGGCACAGGUCGCAUGUUGCAGACGUUGUUGUGCUAUUUGUUCCCCGAUUGGCGUCGUGCAACAUUGGCCAUUUCGGCGGCUGCUUUUCCUGCAAUUUUGAGUGUUCUCUUUAUCCUUCCUGAGAGUCCGAUUUGGCUUCACAAUAAGGGAAAAUACGUAUUGAUGAAAGAAAGUGAAGAGAAAAUCGCAAAGUUUGCUGGUCGUGCUCAUAUCCCGAUUGAGCACAAAAAAGUCGAAAAAUCAAAGAACAUUAUCGAAAUGAUUUCUUCAAAGAAAACUCUCGGGAAGUUAUGGGUGCUUGGGUUUAUGUGGUGGUGCUCGGCCACUUGCAGCUAUGCUAACGACCUAAACUCAGGCUCACUCUCCGGCAAUUUCUAUCUAAAUCAAUUUCUUUUCGGAUUGAUCAUCUACUUCUCAAAAUGGGUAAUGGCUUGGGCGGAUAAGGAAUUCCCGAAUUUCUCACGUCGUCGUCUCCAUCAAAUGUCUCAAAUUGCUGUCUGUGUCUGUUUUCUAAUCAUGAUUAUUCUUUUAUCAUUUGGAAGAAAGGGCCUUUUUUUGACGAUUUUAAACAUUAUUGGCUGUGUUUGUAUCGAGUUUACUUGGGAUGCUAAUCAGCUAUGCGCUGUAGAAUCUCUUCCAACAGCGUGUCGAGCUUCAGCGGUCGGAUCGUGCUCGUUGGUGGCUCGAAUUGGAUCACUUUUAGCUCCAUUUAUUGCUUUUUCCGCGCAAUUCUGGUCACCGGCCGUUUAUGUGACGGUGUUCAUCCUUGGAGCGAUCAACUUUUUCGUCGCAUUUUUUUGGCUAACCGAAACUAAGAACAUAAAUUUGGAGUCUUUGGAUGUUGAUGAAGAGGAGAAAAGCGAGCAAAACGAGAAAAGGCUUAUUGACGGAGAAAAUGCU